AUGAGCAAAAUUUUAGUUGUCUUUGGCGCUACUGGCCAGCAAGGAGGAUCUGUGGUAUCUUACGCUUUAGAAAACUUGUCUAAUGAGUUCAAAAUUAGAGGUGUUACAAGAAAUGUUCUGAGUGAAUCUGCACGUUUACUCUCUGAAAAAGGGGUUCAAAUGGUGGAAUGUGAUACUAGUAGUAAAUCAUCAGUUUUGAACGCUCUCAAAGGUGCUCAUACUGUGUUUGCCAUGUCAAAUAUGAAGUUUGAUGGUUCAAGUACCGAAUUUGAAGAGGGUAAAACUAUUGCUGAUGCUGCCGUUGAACAAGGCGUGGAAUACUUUAUUUGGAGUACUUUAGCUGCUGUUAAGAAGAUCUCAAACAAUGAGUUCACUCAUGUAAAACAUUUCGAUCAAAAAGCAGAAGUUGAGUCAUACGUUCGCAGCUUACCAAUCAAAAGCUCAUUUUAUCUGCCUGGUAUUUUUUUGCAAAACUUCCUUAACAUAUUUCCUCCACAAAAACUUAAUAAUUUGGAUGCUUUUUUUAAUGUCUUGAAGCCAGACACCAAAGUUCCUUGGAUUGAUGUUGUUGGUGAGUCUGGGAAGUACGUUGGCAUUUUACUUUCAAAUCAAGAAAAAUAUGUUGGUAAAAAAAUACAUGGUUCCCAAAAGCUUUACAGUAUGAGUGAACUAGUUGAUAUAAUUGGCAACGCUAGUGGGAAAAAAGUUGUCUAUUCUCAAGUCCUGAAAGAAGAGUUUACAAAAAUGCACCCACCAUCAAUUGCUGAAGACGUCACUGAAAUGUUUGAGUUUUAUGAAAAGUAUGGAUACUGGGGAGCUAAUACUAUUGCUAUUGUUGAAGAAAAUGCUAAAAACAUAGAGUUCAAGCCUGUUUCCGCAGAAGAGUUUUUCAAGGAACACCCACUUAAAUUUAAAUGA